GAAUCUUAUGACGUCAUCCACAUCUGCAGGAAACAUUUCAUCAAUGAACCUUAUGACGCCAUCCCCAUCUGCAAGUGACAUUUCAUCGAUGAAUCCUAUGACGCCAUCCCCAUCUGUAAGUGACAUGUCAUCAAUGAAUCCUAUGUCGCCAUCCCCAUCAGCAAGAGACAUGUCAUCAAUGAAUCCUAUAACGCCAUCCCCAUCUGCAAGUGACAUGUCAUCGAUGAAUCCUUUGUCGCCAUCCCCAUCUGCAAGUGACAUGUCAUCAAUGAAUCCUAUGAAGCCAUCCCCAUCUGCAAGUGGCAUGUCAUCAAUGACACAUAUGAUGCCAUCACAAUCUGCAAGUGAUAUGUCAUCAAUGAUGCAUAUGACGCCAUCCCCAAUUGCAAGUGACGUGUUAUCAACGAUACAAAUGAUGCCAUCACAUACUGCAAGUGACAUGACAUCAGUGGUGCAUACGAUGCCAUCCCCAUCGGUAAGUGACAUUUCAUCAAUGAUGCAUAUGAUGCCAUCCCCAUCUGCAAGUGACAUGUCAUCAAUGGUGCAAACGAUGCCAUCCUCGCCUGCAAGUGACAUGUCAUCAAUGAUGCGUGUGAUGCCAUCACCAUCUGCAAGUGACAUUUCAUCAAUGAUGCAUAUGAUGCCAUCCCCAUCUGCAAGUGACAUGUCAUCAAUGGUGCAUAUGAUGCCAUCCCCAUCUGCAAGUGACAUGUCAUCAAUGAUGCAUAUGAUGCCAUCACCAUCUGCUAGCGAAAUGGCUCUAACGGUGACUAGCAUUAUUCCAACGGUAGCACCUACGUGUCCUUCAGGAUUUACAGGAAAUGAUUGCUCCAAAGAUAUUGAUGACUGUGAAUACGAAAACUGUUCAGGAAAUGGAGACUGCCUUGACAGAAUAAAUGGUUUUAUAUGUGAAUGUAAAAACAAUUACUUCGGAAAAAACUGUGAGAAAAAACUCAGUGCCUGUAAUCCAAACCCAUGCGAAAACGAUGGAACUUGCAGAGAAGUUGGUGAAACGUUCAAAUGUACAUGUACUUCAGCGUUUGAAGGGACAACCUGCCAAUCAGAGACGCCUACCCAAACAUUUACCGGUACAGUGAAACUGGAUCAAGAUUAUAAAGAGGACUAUGAUGACAUCAACUCACCAAGAUCUCGUGUCCUCAUUACAGUUUUGGACUCGAAAUUAAAACCAUUUUUCAAAAAGAAAUUUCCAGAUUUCAUAGUUAUUAAUUAUAAGCGUUUUUUCAAAGGAAGUGUUGGCGUUGACUAUGAAUUGCUAUUUCCAACAACCUCAACUGUGACUAAUGGCAACAUCGUGCAAGCUCUUAGAGAAGGUAAUGGCUCGAGCGAACUGGGAUUUUUGAGGCUGACGGGAGAUAUAACCGUAACGAAGCAGGUUGUUCAGACGACAGCAGCACCAACUGCAACCAAAGAAAAAUCGACAAUCAAGGACUGGGAGAUCGUGCUAAUCGCAGCUGCAACAAUUGUCUUUUUUCUAUUGGUGGCUAUUGGCGUUUUGGCGGUGAAAUACAGAAACGCUGUUCAGGAUGAAAAGAAAGAAUUGUAUGCCCUUGAUGGAGACUGGCAACUAAUGGAAAACGGGUAUAAUGGCUUGAGGGCUCAGCCGCAGAGCUAUGCGUCUCCAACGUAUGACAAAGUACCUGGAUCUGAUAACAAGGCAUAUCAGCAUGACAGUGCAUUGUAAAUUUAAUGAAAAACAAAAAUCAUCAACGAGGUCGAAAUAAUCAGCCAGUUUAAAACGCCUCUUAGAACUCUGUGGCCUCAUCCUAACAGUGGGCUUUUAUAACACAACGACCUCAAUUUAGAUAUUCAAGCGUUUCCAAGCUGAUAGUAAUAAAAGUUUGUUUCUCUGAGGUAUCACUUAA